AUGUCAUCAUCCUUCGCCAACACCACCAACCGCCAUCGCGGCACGAUCUCCCAGCCCGCCCUCGUCGAACUGGCCAAUGACAUAGAUAUCGGCAGCUACCCUCUCCGUGCUCGCUUCAAGCUCCUCGUUUCGGCUCUACUGGCUUGGAAGAUCACGUGCAAACGACUUCGGAACCUGAACGGGCUUAAGGGGCGCCUAGGAGCAGAUUGUGCGCUUAAACCCGGUUUUGAGGGUGUGAGGAAGAGGGAGGUGGCGUCCCCUCGUGAUUCUGCGGGCGUUAGGAAGAUAGGGAAGCAGGUGAAAGUUAUAGGUGAGGGGGAGGGCGAGAAGAGGACAAGAGGGGUUUUUGGGGGAGAGAGAGAGAGGAAGUGGGUAUUGUUGGGGAAAGGGGAGGGGAGUCGGUUGAGGGUUGCGGUCGACGGGGUUGGGGGAAUAGGGGUGAGGGAGGAAGGGGUAGAGAGGAUGAAGGGGGCAUUGAGGAGAGAGACGGAGUUUUGGGGGAAGUAUAAGGUGGUGAGAGGUGGGGUUGAGAUUUUGAGGUGA